GCAAGAACCAAAGCAGGGAAACACUGACAGAAAAAGGGAGAGAAAGAAAAAUGGUUGAUAGAGAAAGAAGUAGUAGAAUAAGUGGAGUAAAGUGGAGAAGAAGGAGAGAUUAACUUAACAGGAAAGAGAGAAAAGAGCAAUAAAAGACAUUGACUGGAAAAUCACUUUAACCCGGGACAGAAGAAACUGAAAGAGAGAAAGAGAAUAGACUAGACACAUAAAUUAAAAGAACUCUUGGACUUAAAACACGUUCAUGCGUGGGCUGCUUCUUCUGCUGCUGUUGGUGUGAUCUGUCAUUCCCCGGCGCAUGUGUGUGUGUGUGUGUGUGUGUUCUUGAGAGGGUAAGGAGAGUGUGUGUUGGAGCCUGUCGUUCCUCUGGAGUCUACAGGACCAUGGCACCUGUCAGAAACGGAUAAACUUGAGGCUUAAGGAAAGAAAAGAAAGAAAAAAGACCUCCAGCAUAGAGAGGAAACUCCACAUCCACAGCAGCACUGUCACAACAACAGGAUAACUAAGAGCUGUCACGGCAACAGCUGCCAGGACAACCCGCAUCCCAGUCAACCAUCUGUGUGGCAGCUGUCUGUGGUUUACCAUUAACUGCUGAGAAGUUUUGGUAAUCUUCAGAAGAACCCAGAAGAUGAUGACUAUUAAGAUGACGUUGAUGACGGUCAGCUCAUUGAUCCUGCUCGGGCUGGUCAGCUUCAGUGCUUCAUCCAGUGGAAGUUCAAUAUUUACUUCCUCGCCACGCAUGAAGCUUUCUUACAAAGAUCUUCAACAGUUCAAUGGAGUCAAGCAUUUUGAGUUGGAACGUUCGUGUUGUUUCGGAGCUCUGCUGUUGGACGAGGAAAGGGGACGGCUUUUUGUCGGUGGACGUAACUUUCUGUUAUCUCUUAGUCUCGACAACAUCAGCAAACAUGAACAGAAGAUUUACUGGCCAGCCCCUGUGGAUUGGAGAGAAGAGUGCAAUUGGGCAGGGAAAGACAUCAAUACGGACUGCUUAAAUUAUGUGAAAGUGUUACACCACUAUAAUCGGACUCACCUGUAUACAUGUGGGACUGGGGCAUUCCACCCUACCUGUGCUUACAUUGAGGUGGGACAGAAGUUGGAGGAUCACGUGUUUAGAAUCGAUCCCUCUGUGGUAGAAGAUGGAAAAGGAAAGAGCCCAUAUGACCCACGUCACACAUCAGCAUCUGUUCUUAUUGGUGAUGAGCUUUAUGCGGGUGCGGCCACUGAUCUGAUGGGGCGGGACUUUACAAUCUUCCGCAGCAUGGGACAAAGGCCCUCCAUACGAACAGAACAACACGAUUCUCGCUGGCUCAAUGAGCCAAAGUUCAUAGCUGCUUUUGGUGUUCCUGAGAGUGAGAAUCCUGAUGAUGAUAAAGUCUUCUUCUUCUUCAGAGAAACUGCUGUGGAAGCUCAGGGAUUUGGAAAGGUUACCUAUGCGCGGAUUGGUCAGCUUUGCCGGAAUGAUAUGGGAGGACAGCGCAGUCUAGUAAAUAAGUGGACAACAUUUCUAAAGGCCCGUCUUGUGUGUUCUGUCCCAGGCCACGAUGGCACUGAAACACACUUUGAUGAACUUAGGGAUGUGUUCGUGCUGCAGACCCGUGACAGAAAGAACCCGCUAAUCUACACUGUCUUUACCACUUCCAGCAGUGUAUUUCAAGGUUCUGCAGUGUGUCUCUACACCAUGAAUGACAUUCGGCGGGCAUUUUUAGGGCCCUUUGCCCAUAAAGAGGGACCAAAUUACCAGUGGGUUCCAUUUCAGGGUAAAGUGCCGUACCCACGGCCUGGCAUGUGUCCCAGUAAGACCUUUGGUAGUUUUGAAUCCACUAAAGGUUACCCUGAUAACGUGAUCCAGUUUGCUAGACAUCAUCCUUUAAUGUUCAAUCCAGUCACUCCACUGGGAGGGCGGCCGCUGUUCCUGCGUACCGGAAUAUCGCACAGCUUCACUCAGAUUACCGUAGACCGUGUCAAUGCAGCUGAUGGACACUAUGAUGUCAUGUUCAUUGGUACAGAUGUUGGCUCUGUGCUGAAGGUGAUCUCUGUGCCCAAGGGAAGCUGGAGUAACACAGAGCUUCUGCUGGAAGAGCUGCAUGUCUUUAAGGAUUCCUCGUCUAUUAUUAGUAUGCAGAUUUCUUCUAAACGGCAACAGCUGUACGUUGGUUCAGAUACAGGUGUGGUCCAGGUGCCUCUGCACCGCUGCAGUAUGUACGGUAAAGCAUGUGCCGAGUGCUGCCUGGCUCGAGAUCCAUACUGCGCCUGGGAUGGACACACAUGCACACGUUACCUGCCAAACACAAAACGAAGGUUCCGGCGUCAGGAUGUGAGGAAUGGUGAUCCUAAUGCACUCUGCUCAGGAGACCAUCAGAAACAGCGUGUCCUAGAGAAGAAGUUAUACGCUGUGGAUGGAAGCAGCUCUUUCCUAGAAUGUGUCCCCAAAUCACUACUGGCUGAGAUUACAUGGACCUAUCAGAAGCAUUCUGAAAACCCUUGGGAGGAGGUUCGUCUGGACGACCGUGUUUUGCAUACAGAACGAGGCCUGUUGUUAAGACGUGUUGUGCGUAGAGACAGCGGUGUGUAUCAAUGUCACACAAUGGAACAUGGAUUCACACAAACCCUCCUUGCGAUCACACUGGAGAUUUUGCCUUCGACUGGCCCUGCCCCUUCUGCUCCUAACCCUCGCAGCCCCACUCACACCCACGGGCAAUCUGCCAAUCAAAAGCUGUGGUACAGGGACUUCAUGCAGUUGGUGGAUCACCCAAACUUGAGCACGGUUGAUCAGAUCUGCGAACAAGUUUGGUCACGUAAGCAUAGCCUAUCCGGAAAGAGUGCUCCCGAUCCAGCCAAUGGGGCUCCGGUUCUUGAUCCACUGCACUCGAAUCAUAAAAAGUGGAAGCACCUGAAGGAAGUGAGGAAAGGGCGAAAUCGCAGAACACAUGAUGGAAGACCUGCCCCCAGAGCCCCUCGGAGUGCAGGAGAGUAGCAAGGAAUGAGAGGUUUCGUGAAAGAAAGACUGAGAGACAGAGAGAAAGAGCCAAAACAAGAGAUCACUGGAUGUGGACAGAUCCUCACACAGCAUCUCAUACCGUUCUGCUUUUUAUUACCCCCUCUGAAAGCAUCAUCCUGCUCCUGAAGCCACUGCUUGUUAUCAGCCUCUAUAUACUCUAUUACCCACAUCUCUAGUCUAAAGCCCCAAUCUAAUGCCCCUAUGACCCCAAUCUCGCUUGUACCUCUGCCUAUAGCCCCCAUCUAUUACCUCAUCAGUUUACUACAGUCUACUCCCAAUGAUUCCACUCCAGUUCAUCUAAAUACUAACACAUGUAACCAAGAAGACAGCGGCCCACACUCCUGAAUUCCGAAAGUAAAAACAUCCAUUUGAAUUACAACUGGAAGUUCUGUGCCUGGAAAAUGAAGAUACAAACACAUGCAUGCACUGCCUAAAUCGGUAAACACAAUCACACAUUCUGUAAAUUCAUGUAUGCUUUGUUUUUAUCUGGCUGUUUGUGCAACGUGUGAUCUGUAGAAUAGAUUCCUGUCUUACUUUGGCCCUAAAGCAGAAACCACACAGACCUCUGACUCACCAGCACUAAAUGAACUUUAUCAUGCUUCUUACACUACAUGAAAACUUACAUCCUUAAAAAGCAACAGAAAAAAAAAACAGAGCAAAAAGAAACGGCAAAACUGUGCAUAGUGAUCUGGUAAGGUUGUAGCUAAGAGAGUUUCUUAGGGAAUGUUUUUCAAGCUACAGUUUUAUUUUUAAGUUUUAUUUUCUUAUGAUAUGUGUUGCAUGAGACUAGAGACAAGACACAGAAUUAAUGUACAGGGCAUUAUGGAUGAUAGGCCAUGUACACACUACAAAGUUUCAGGAGUGACAAGAGCAUUUAAAUGAGUGAAUCCCUUCUAUGUGGAGUUACAGGAGUUACUCCAGCAAUUGUGAUGAUUAACAAGUGAUAACCAUAGCAACACUGCAGUGUCUCAUGCCUGUGAGCAAGAAAUAUGAAUGGCACCUAAUUUAAUCUGUUUUGUGUUUGCUAUUUUUGAGCCAGAUAUGUAUUUUCAUCCAGCAAUGUUUAGUUAGCUGCCAUUGACACAAUGUUCAUGCAUUCCAUGUUCAGGCCUGUGUGCACAUCUAUGUGUCUAAAGAGGUGGGGCAUUUUCAAGAGUCGCUUUUGACUAGUGUCACUCGUGAAAAUGCUCUCCUCAUGAUUAUUAGAUGUGGGAAGAGGGAGCGAUAUAAUCACCAUGAGUGCAAAGUAUUCUGCAGUGGUCUCAUCCAGCAUCAUUGAACUUUUAGCAAAAGGCAUUAUUAGUCAUAGGGGAAAAUCUCAGUUGCAAUUUCUUCAUUGGGUUGCAAGAGUGUCAAAUGGCUUGAGAAAAAUGCCACAGAAAAGUCCUGGCAUAAUCAUGACUUGAGAUCACGUUUGUUUCACCAUUUCACGUUAUAUUCACCACUUUCUCAUUGUUAAGAUGUUGCCUAACUUCUAUCACUAAAAUCCAGAAUGACACCUGCAUAUCAUGCUCAUUCAGGACAAACUAGUGUGUGUGUGGCACCUCGUAGCUCCUGAACAUGACUGAACAAAUUUUCUGUCAAUCAGUGUUUUGGCAAUUUGAUUGAAUUUUGUAUGGAGCCACAUAUAUUUUAGCUGCAUGAUCAAUUUAAUUAUCUUUUUAAAACCUGCCAAAAUCAUUCCAAAAUAGCCUAUUUUUCCCCACACAAUUUAUGGCCAAACAUUGUGUGGAAAUACACGCCCUCACUUUUUUUGAAGACGCCUGACAAAAAACAUGGAUUUGGGAAUGGCUGUUGUUGUUGUUGCUGCUCCUCUGUGUUCCGUGGGGAAAGAAAUGGGCCGAGCACAUUUGAGCGCAUUCUUGGGUGUGAAGUCUUGGCCAGUAUGGCAGAUUUCCUCUGUAGUCGAGGAUAGUCAGCUGAAAAAUAUCAAACAUGUUUGAUAACCUCCAUCUAGAUGGAAUCAUAGUCGGUCAGUACCCAACGAUUUUCUGUGAAAUCUGUCAACUCUAAGACCGCAGUGCUGAUGAGAAAAACAGUGGAAAGAGAAACUGGAAAUAUAUGAAUCAAUGAAGACACAUACCUCUGGUAGCAUGAUUUGCACCAGGAGAAGAUGGACACAUCUCACAUGUGCUUUUGAUCACAUCAUUAACAACUAGUUGUUCAGUUCGGUUCCGUACACACUAUGUGGAAUGUCUAAAAAUGCGGUUGUCACUACCUGAAUUUUUUGGGAGUUAUUUGGUUUGUAUAAUGCAGUUGUCACUCCUGAAUGUACAGAAAUGUUUAAGCACUAAAAGGUGAACCGACACCCAUACUUACUGCAGUGUGUACAUAUUGUCUGAGACCAAAGGAGGAAAUCUACUAGGAAACAUUUUUAAAAACUUUCAGUUAACCCCGACUCUAAAGUGCUGUUCAUAAAAAUGGCAGAAUAGUCAUGUGUUUGUAUAUGUCCCUGUUUUUUUAUACAGCUCUACAUGUUCAAAUAAGUAACUUUAGUAAAUAAGUAAAUAUAUUCUCUGUUUUUUAAAAAAAAGUUAAAAAUUGUUCUAUGUACAUCAUAACAUCCCAGCUUAUGCAUUGGCCGAUAUACAGUAUGCUAGAAGGCCUACGUAAUUCAUUAAAUCAGAACACCCAAAUAAUCGCUAUAGAUAAGAAACUUGUCCCUUGUUUACACAUCGAGUCUAAGCUAACCAAUGGUCCAUUAAAUUUUCAUUCAGUUUUUGUCAAUUUGGGGAAAAAAAUUGUUGAAUUGCAUUUUUUAAAACAUGUCUUGAUAGGAUUUUUUUACUCCCCCAAUUGCAAUGGGAAUGAUUAAAUAUGGGAGUGAAUUUCAAAAGUUCAAAAGUGAAAUUCUAGAAAUGUACCAUGGUAACUAUGCUCUUACAGUAAAUUCCAUAUUUACUACAGUCAUUUCUAAUCCAAUAAAACUGUGAUACCUUAGCAUUAGCUACCAUUUCAUCAAAAAAGUUUAUUAAAAUGACAGAAUCAUAAAGAAUCAUAAAUAAAUCAUAAAGGUCUUAAACUGUUUCAAGUGAUCCUAUAUUAAUUCAUUAUGAUUUCACAGUAGUAGCUAUAACUGAGUAACUAUGGCAUUUGGUUGACACUUUGAUUACAAUGGUACAUUUUUUUUUUUGGAAUCGACCAAAGGCGCAUGGCACUGGGAGAGGUCUCGUGUGUAAGAUGGUGUGGUGGUGCUGUUGAGCUUUGUGUCCGGCGCCCUCUUCUGGUCAUUGUGGGUACUUGUUGUUUCUACUGUGUCGGGAAGUGAUACAUUUGGAACUGUAAAAUAAUACAUUCUGAUGAAUUUUUUUUUUUUACAGACGUAAGAAUGUUUUGAGAGGAACUGGUCGAUUCUCAUAUAGUAUUAUUUAUAUAUUUUUUAAGUUUUGCUUAUUGUCAUGCAAUAUGUAAUUUGUCUUUUUUUUUUUUUUACAUGUUGUGCAUGACAUCUUGAUGAGCGUUUUUAAUUUAAUUUUAUUAUUAUUUUAGUUUUUCAUGUAAAGACCAUGUUUUUAAACCUGACCUACGAGGUUAUGUGGUGUUUUCGUGGUAUAUUUAUGACUCGAUAAGCUUAAGUGUUGUGGUGGUUUGUGCUCAAUUGACCUACAUGUGUAAUGUCCAUUUUGAUCGAGGAGAAUAUGAGCAUACUUGUGUGUAUAUUUUGAAAUUCUUUCCCUUCUUUUUAAUACAUAUUUAAUACAAGACCUAACUUGACACUCCAUUUGAAAGUAACAAUUUGCCAAAUUGGUUUUAGUCUUAAAAAAAGACCUUCCAAAUAUCAUUUCCAACUCAUCGGAUUCUCUUUUUACCUUGUGACGCUUCUCAGCUUUUGAGAGAGAGUGUAAGAAAAGAGCAAGUGUACGUGUCUCAUUGUGAGAGAUUGUGUGUGUUUGUGAAAGACUCUGUUUUGUCAUUAAGUAUUACGACUUCUGUAUAUGGGGGAAAGUGUGAGUUUCAUUUUGUGGACUGGUCAAAGGUCGAAGGCCAAAGCUGACGUGAACACUGUAUUACUCCCUGAGUUUUUUUCUCUGUGGAUUGUUGCAUCAGACUGUAAUUGAUUAAAACAAUUAAACAUACAGUUACUUUAAAAUCACUCCACAGCAAUGACUCUUCACUCAGAUUAAUUUGUGAUUAAUAUGAGUGUGGUAUUUUAAGAGUAGUGACUCACUUCUCAACACUUUUAACACUUAUUAAACUAGUUCAUUGCUAUGUAUGCAGUAGUGCAAGCUCACCACUCGAGGGCGCUGCUGUUCAGGCCUCCAAUUGGAUCAGACUUGGGGUAUGUAUAUUUAUGAACAGUUUGAUCAAUUUUGUCAAUUUAUCUAUCUAUUGAAUAUCCACCG